GCACGGGGUUCGCGGGUGGGUGCGACCUCCAGGCUCCCGCUGGGGGGCGCCGCUGAGCACCCCGCUCCGCUCUGCUUAGGGAUUGGGAGACCCAACCCAGCACAGCACGGCUGAGUAGGGGGCGCGGGUUGGCGAGGACCAGACGCCCGAAGGCUGGGGAGCGGGACUCCCACACCCCAAGACCUUCCUCUCAAGAUCCCCUGUACGCUCCGCAGUCCCUGCAUCCUCCACCCCAACCUCCUGGUGCAGCGCCGCACCGCCGUUCCCGCUCUGUCCUUGGAGGGUGUGGAAGGGUGGGUUUGGGGCCGGGGGCGGGUCUGGGGGCGGACCCGGAGGCGGGGCUGUCUCUGCGGCAGGGCCCAGUUCAGCUCCCCCGGUCUCUCUCUGUCUCUCCUCCUCCCUCCUCCUGCUCCGGGCGGAGCCCGGCAUGGGGGGGCCGGCGCCCGGCAGGCCAGUGGAUCCGGGACCCAGGGAGGGCCGCCCCCCGGGCCUGGUGGCAUUAAGCAGGGCCCCUCAGCCCCCACCUCUUGCCCCACGACAUGAACCUUCUCUACCGAAAAACCAAGCUGGAGUGGAGACAGCACAAAGAAGAGGAGGCCAAAAGGAGCUCCAGUAAGGAAGCAGCCCCCACAGGCCCGGUGGGGUCUGGGGCUGUCCCAGGGCCUGGGGUUCGAGUGCGGGACAUUGCCUCGCUUCGACGGUCUCUCAGGAUGGGUUUCAUGACAAUGCCCGCGUCCCAGGAACACACCCCUCACCCCUGCCGAAGCGCCAUGGCCCCACGCUCGCUCUCCUGCCACUCGGUGGGCAGCAUGGACAGUGUGGGUGGUGGGCCUGGAGGAGGUGGAGGAGGGCUCCUGGAGGACAGUAGCACCCGGAGACCCCCAGCUAAGCCACGGAGACACCCCAGCACCAAGCUCAGUAUGGCAGGAUCAGGGGCAGAGACACCGCCUAGUAAGAAAGCAGGCUCCCAGAAGCCAACCCCUGAGUGCCGUGAGUCCAGCCGGAAGGUUCCUCCACAGAAACCCAGGCGAAGCCCCAAUACCCAGCUGUCUGUGUCCUUCGAUGAGUCUUGUGCCCCAGCCCCAUCUCCUCGAGGGGGGAACCUGCCCUUGCAACGCCUCAGUAGGGCUUCUCGAAUAGCUGGAGACCUGGAUGCAGGUGCCCAGGAAGAAGAGCCCGUGUACAUUGAGAUGGUAGGGGAUGUCUUUCGUGGAGGAGGACGAAGUGGAGGAGGUCUGACGGGACCUCCUCUUGGAAGUGGAGGUCCAACCCCACCAGCUGCGGCCGAUUCGGACUCUGAAGACAGUGAGGCUAUAUAUGAAGAGAUGAAGUACCCUCUGCCUGAAGAGACGGGAGAUGGCAGGGCUAACGGGCCUCCUCCAUUGACGGCACCCUCCCCUCCACAACAGCCUCAUGUCCUCCAGCCUCACCCCCACCCCCAUCGCCGUCCAGCUUCAGCCCUCCCAAGCCGGAGGGAUGGGACACCCACCAAGACCACUCCUUGUGAAAUACCCCCACCCUUUCCCAACCUCCUUCAGCAUCGGCCUCCACUUCUGGCCUUCCCUCAAGCCAAGUCUGCUUCACGAGCCCCUGGCGAUGGGGUCUCGAGGCUUCCGGUUCUUUGCCACUCCAAGGAGUCAGCCGGUUCCACCCCAGCUCCCCAAGUGCCUGCACGAGAGCGGGAGACACCUCCCCUGCCGCCUCCCCCUCCUGCUGCCAACCUGCUAUUGCUGGGACCCUCAGGCCGAGCCCGGAGCCACUCAACACCGUUGCCACCCCAGGGCUCUGGCCAGACCCGGGGAGAGCGGGAGCUCCCCAACUCUCACAGCAUGAUCUGCCCCAAGGCAGCAGGGGUACCGGCAGCCCACCCUGCCCCAGCAGCCUUGCUCCCCGGGCCCCCCAAGGACAAGGCCGUGUCAUACACCAUGGUGUAUUCUGCAGUAAAAGUAACAACACACUCGGUCCUGCCAGCUGGUCCACCCCUGGGUGUUGGAGAGCCAAAGACGGAGGAGAUCUCAGUUCUUCACGGAAUGCUGUGUGCCAGUUCGAGGCCCCCUGUCCCAGGGAAAUCCAGCCCCCACAGCGGGGCUAUGGGUUCAGCGGCCGGGGUCCUCCACCACCGCAGCUGCCUGGCCUCCCCCCACAGCCUUCCGGAUCCAACUGCAGGCCCCCUGACCCCCCUCUGGACCUACCCAGCCACAGCAGCUGGGCUCAAGAGACCCCCUGCCUAUGACAGUCUCAAGGCUGGGGGGGUGCUGAGUAAGGGCUGUGGAAUGGGGGCGCCAUCCCCCAUGGUCAAGAUCCAGCUACAAGAGCAAGGGACCGAUGGGGGCGCCUUUGCUAGCAUCUCCUGUGCCCAUGUUAUCGCCAGCGCGGGGACACCAGAAGAGGAAGAAGAGAUGGGUGCCACAUUUGGGGCAGGCUGGGCUCUGCAGAGGAAGGUCCUAUAUGGAGGACGGAAAGCGAAGGAAGUGGACACAGAAGAGGACGGUGCCCGGGCCUGGAAUGGCAGCACAGAAGGUCCAGGCAAAGUCGAGCAUGAGGACAGGGGCUCUGUGGCAUCAGGGAUUCCUGUGAGGAGCCAGGGGGCAGAGGGUCUGCUGGCCAGGAUCCACCAUGAUCGAGGAGGGAGCCGCACAGCGCUGCCAGUCCCUUGCCAGACUUUCCCAGCCUGCCACCGGAAUGGAGAUUUCACAGGAGGGUACCGCCUGGGCCGUUCUGCCUCCACCUCUGGAGUCCGUCAGGCUGCACUCCAUACCCCUCGGCCCUGCAGCCAGCCCAGGGAUGCCCUGAGCCAGACACACCCUGUGCUGCCCCUGCCCCUGCCACCCCAGCCGGCCCGGGAGCGCGAUGGCAAACUUCUAGAGGUGAUCGAGCGCAAACGCUGCGUGUGCAAGGAGAUCAAGGCACGCCACCGUCCCGACCGGGGGCUCUGCAAGCAAGAGAGCAUGCCUAUCCUCCCCAGCUGGCGGCGGGGCCCUGAACCCCGCAAGUCUGGUACCCCGCCCUGCCGGCGGCAGCACACGGUCCUCUGGGACACUGCCAUCUGAGGAAUACAGGGGCGGCUGGGACGCCUGGAUUGGGAGGGGAGGGGCCUACCCAGGUCUACUUGAGACUG